AUGGGCUCCUCCUUAUCUCUCUUUACCAAUGUUGGACCGAUCCCGCCUCAGUAUCAAGUGUUCAUCAACUUCCGAGGAGUAAAGCUGCGUGAUGGGUUCUUAGGGUUUCUAGUGGAUGCUCUUUUGAAAGAGAAUGUGAACGUCUUUAUAGAUGAUCAUGAGCUUAGAGGUAGAGAUCUUGACCAUCUAUUCAAAAGGAUCGAGGAAUCGAGAGUCGCGCUGACAAUCUUCUCCAAGAACUUCACCGAGUCGAGAUGGUGCUUAGAUGAGCUUUCUAAGAUUAAAGAAUGUGUGGAACAAGAGAGUCUUAUAGUGAUACCUAUCUUCUUUAAGAUGAAAACUGACGAUGUGAAGAAACUGAAGGGAAAGUUUGGGGACAAUUUCCGGGACCUGAAGUCAACGCAUCGCGGCGAGGCAGACACUUUUAAGAAAUGGAAGGAAGCUUUGUAUUUUGUCUCGAGAAAAUCCGGCUUGUCUUCGUCACGUUACAGUCGCCAGAAUGAUUUGGUAUGCAAAAUCGUCGAGGAGGUAAAGAAAGUUUUAAACGAUAUCUCCGAGAGCGAACGCAAAAUUUUUGAAGCGAGACGCAACCAAUUGAUGGCAAGAACUGAUGAAGUGAUUAGAUUUGUUAUACGUUUCCUAAGUCUGUUUUUUCUUAUUACAAUAGUUUUUGGUCCUUAUGUGAUAGGCCUUGUCUCUGUUUUCUCUAUUCUACUUGGUCGUUUCAUAAUCAAUCGAGCCGUAGAAAGUGAGACUGAGUGGUAAAUGGUGAAUGUUU